AUGGCUCUCACUAGCCAUCCGCCACCUAUGAGGGAACUCGACGCCAACAAGAGACCUCAGGCUCCGAUGUACGACACACGACCUCCAUUGUACGACACACGACACAUCUCGCUGCAGUCCGCGGUAGACAUGCUGGUGGCCCACAAUAUGCACGAUGAGGGCAGAAGACCCAUACGUGAAAUGCCCGAGAUGUACAGCCAUGAACGACACCGAUCGACUUCGUUCCUCAUAAGUCCAGACAGAUCGCGGCCCGGGUCACUCAGAGACGAUGGAGAAUCUUGCCGCUUUGCAAGAUCACCAUCUCCGGACUCGUUGACGGAAUCUUGUGCACCGGACCCAGCAGCGCUGGACGUAUCAACCCUACACGAAGUUCUGUUUGUGGGAGCCGUAAUCAUGGCCCAGUUUAUGGGCCUCGCAGGCCUCGGCCAGUCCAUAGCACCUAUGCACAUCAUCGCGGCAACUAUGCACACGACAAACCCUGGCGAGGAAGCAUGGUUCUCAGCGGCUUUCUCCCUCACAGUCGGAACUUUCAUCCUGAUCUCUGGACGGAUGGGCGACAUACUUGGACACAAGAGAGUCUUUGUCUUUGGCUACUUUUUCCUGGGAUGUUGGUCGGCAUUUGCAGGGUUCAGCGCGUACAUUGAAAAGCAAAUCUUCUUCGAUGUGUGUCGAGCUUUCCAGGGUAUUGGCGCUGCUCUCCUGGCGCCGAAUGCGUUGGCCUUGCUCGGGAGGGCUUAUACACCCGGUAUAAAGAAGAGCAUCAUCUUCUCGCUGUUCGGUGCGAUGGCUCCUUGGGGAUUUGUGAUGGGCGCACUUUUCUCGAGCCUCUUCGCGGAGCUGACAUGGUGGCCGUGGGCGUACUGGAGCUACGGCAUUGCUGCGUGGUGUCUGUCGGCAUUCUCCAUUCUGAUCGUGCCAAAGGCACUUGCUCACGACGCACAAUUCGCAGGGAGGUUGGACAAGCCGGACAUGGACUGGUUAGGAUCUGCGCUCGGUGUAAGUGGUCUCGUCCUGGUCAAUGUUGCAUGGAACAACGGGCCUCUCUUUGGCUGGACUCAACCGACGGUGUACUUCCUCCUGAUCAUCGGCAUGCUCUGCCUCAUCGCUUUCGUAUGGGUCGAGGCACGAGCAGUAUCGCCCAUCCUGCCAGUCUCUGCAAUGACAAGCACGGUCACGUACACCAUGGCUCUUGUCGGUAUCGGCUGGGGCUCGUUCGGGAUCUGGAUAUUCUACUCAUGGCGCUUCCUCGAAGAGAUUCGCGGCUUCACUCCUCUCAGCGUAUCAGCACAGUACACUCCAGCUCUGAUCUGCGGACUCCUCGCAGCCGGUGCCACCGGGUUCAUGCUGACGCAUACACCCAUCUCCUUUACGAUGAUGAUCGCAAUGGUCGCUUUCUUCCUCGGACAGCUCAUCACAGCGACACAGCCAGCGAAGCAAACUUACUGGGGUCAGAUGUUCUUCGCCAUCCUCAUCAUGCCCUUCGGUAUGGACAUGUCGUUCCCGGCAGGCACGUUGAUCCUGUCGAAUUCUAUGCCGAAAGAACAUCAGGGACUGGCUGCGUCUCUGGUCAACACUAUGGUCAAUUACUCAAUCAGCAUCGCGCUUGGCAUAGCUGGUACUGUUGAAGUCCACGUCAACAACCACGGCGUGACAAGAGAAGAUGCUAUGUACGGAAUCAGAUGCGCGUGGUACACCGGCGUCAUCUUGGCUGGCUGUGGUGUGAUCUUGGGUGCUUUGUUCUUCGGAAGGACGCUUUUACGGGAAGGCUGGACAGUUAUGCCUUAUUAG